CAUGGACGUUACUGUUCUCCCCAAUAAUAAUCAUCCAGAGAAAUUCCUCCAGCUUGAUGUGGGGAUGCUACCAGCCACCCACGGAAUGUUCCAGAUAGGAGCAGCACUUUCCGGCCAGAGGCAGUGGCACAACAGAGUCUACUCGCAGGGAGAGCGGAGGGCAAAGAAGGAGGCAGAAAGACCACCAUCACCAGAGGGCAGUCUUAACUUCAGAGACAGUGAGCUGGAACAGCACAUCACACCACUCACUCUGAAACCAAAGAUCAAGCAAAACCCUCUCUACGUAGACCUAAGGACUGCCGACAUGGAGGAGAACCAGAGAUCUAAACCAUCCUGGACCAUUGAGGACUAUGACAGACAUUCUUUGCAUGGCAACCUAGCCAGUUAUCUACAGGUACAGAGUGACCCUAGGAAACUGAAUUUUUGGCUGGAGGAUCUCUACACCCCAGGCUUUGACUCCCUGCUGAAAAAGAAGGAAGCAGAACUUAAAAGGAACAAAAUUUGCAGAAUACUGACUUCAGUCAUUCUGUCAGUUUGCGUAAUUGUGAUUGUUAUCACUGUGCCAAUUGUGGUGACACAAAAAAGAGACUGAUUUAGAAAAUUAAAGCAGGAACAGACUUUUAAUUUACCCCAUGGUUCAGUGGAUUAGUAAAGCCUCUUGUUUCACAAGCUAUUACUGUUUAUUUUAUUAUUGCUAUGACUGUUAUUACUGCUAGGCCUGUUUGAGGAUUCGCUAUUGUGUUAUUUAAAUAUUGUAUGAGUUUACACAAGAGUUUGUUCAAGGCCUAAUGUAAAGAAACACAAUAUACAAUAGUUAUGACACUAUAAGGAAUAAUAGCACCACCAAGUGACCAGAAACCAUGUGCAAAUCUGACAUAAUGUACAUACAUUUAUUACAAUAAGUUACUUAUUGGUGAAUAAGUAUGAAUCUGCUUUUAUAAAGAAUUAUAUUAUAUAAAUAAUAAAAGUGAGAUUAGAUUAAUCCUAAAUGGAAAGUGGAUGUUUAACAAGUCUUAAACAUACUGCCCCUUCUCCAUUUCAUUGCAUUUGCUCUGGGGAAAAUACAUACAUGUACUCCUAUCACAAAAAAGAGCAUCUAUAAUGAUGAUGACUGGGUGAGUUUUAGGUUUUAGUCUAAUAGAACUCCAGAUGUAUAUGCAAGAAAAAUAUUAAUAAUUUAGACUUCUAAUUCAUUCAUUAAAAUCCAAUUGAAAAUACAUUAUUUAGACAUCUUUAUCUGAUCCACUGUCUCAGCACUUCAGUUGGCAAUGAAAUUUGAUAAAUAUGCAAAAUGUUUAGAGGUGAACAUCAUCUUGAAAUGAUUUAUAAUGAUUCAAUCUGUCAUGGGCCUCAUCCGUUAUACGAAUAUAAAUGUAAAAGACUGCAGGUGGGGACUAUAUCACUGUGUGUGUGCAGUUAUUAUUUUCCAUCACUAUGUCCAUCACAGUGACAAGGACAAAGAUAGCUUGGGGUGUGUUAUUUAUCUUUUUCUCACACAGAACACUCUACUUUUCGCAGUGUAAUUACGAUGCAGUUCUUUGUUUUGUCUGAUAAUGACUGCACAGCUUAUCCAAUUAAUCUAAAUCAAAAAGUUGACAAUUAUUCCUGAAUCUGUCAGCACAUGGCUCUGUGCUACUGACAGAAAAGGUAUGUGUAUAAACUGAAGUCACUGACAUUCACAAGUUAGUAUAAAUACUAUGCAAUAUUAAUAAACAAAAUAAUUCUUCUGAAACAGAAGAUGAAACUAUAGUGUAAUAAAAUAAAAAUGGUGUUUUUUUUAUUUGCACUUUUUCUUUUCUUCACUGUUCUACUUCAAUGAUGUAACAAGCUGUAAAUCUUGAAAAGAGAACUGUCAAUCAAAUAUGCUAAUUAGAAUAUUAGGCCACACCCAGACAGUGGUCACGUUCACCUGAUUAGCAAGUUCAGAUGGUUUUUGAGCAGUUUCACAAAAUCCUCUUACUGUUUUUUGUAUGUUUGUUUGUUUGUUUUAUUUAUAUGUUGCUUAGUGUUUAAUGUAAUACUAAAGUUUGGUAAGAUAUAAUUUUUUUUUCUUCAGAUUUUACACUAUAAAAUAUCUGUAUGCCUGGAUUGCAUUCUGCCUCACUUGUAAGUCAGGUUAAAUAAAACUGUUUGCCAAAUGAAUAAAAGUAAAUGUAUGAUGUCCUAUAUAAAUUGUCCUAGAAAGGAUUAAAGAGCUUAUUUAUCCUGCAACGAUUACCUAGUUUUCAGCCUGUAUUGAUGCUAGAAGCAAUUGAGGUCUUUGUAUUUUCAGUCUGUGCUGUCAAGAAGUUCAUUGUAGAUCUUUUUUUCUUUUUUUUUUUGCAGUGCCUUUGGUCUGUUAUCACCUUUUGAUGGCUAACUAAAGUAUACAAGUUCUCCCAGAGCAGAUGAAUGAUCAAGCACAACCACAAUCCGUUCCCGUGUAUGUAAUCUGCAACGAUGACAGAGUCAGUUUGACUAUCACGUUGCUCCUCCAUCUUUUAAUAAAUCAAAUCUUUCAUUUCAUUCUCCACAUAAUUCAUAAACAUUCACUGCUGGCAGCUAUACACUAUAUAUAUAUAUAUAUAUAUAUAUAUAUAUAU